AUGCCGGCCACGCUGAAGAUCAUGAUCUUUCGGGGUACACCAGAUACGCCAAGCAGACGACAUACAGCUCUCUUGAUCGAGAUGAGUGACGGGUCAAAUUUAAUGGUGCACAUUGUCGGCGAGGCACCUCACUUUCGCAAGGAUAUGAGAGAGAAUACUCGCCCAGAUCAGAGUGUGAGGUUCCUCAAAGAGAUCUUUGUGGCGAAUAUCACCGGGAAGACCAUGGCCCAAAUUGGAGCAGUAGUAUUUGGGACACAUAUCCGAAGUGGUGGAGAUUGGAACUGUCAAAACUGGGUCAGUGAUGCGCUCCGGGCGAUCUGUGCAAAGAAUUGGAUCACUGAGCAUGCUCGAUCCGCGGCAGAUGCCGCAAUGAUGGAUACGGUGAACACGGCGAGAUGA